GUUACCUUGGGAAGCUCAGUGUUCACUUUACUGUUGCCGUGAGUUGUAGUCUGCUUUCGUGAGUGCUUCAUUGGCAGAUCUGCUGCUGUAAAUGAAGAUGGCGCUGACGUCCGUUCUCCUGGGCCUUCUUACCCUGACCGCCGCCACCUCCCCCGCCACCUCCGCCGCCGCCACCUCCCCCGCCCCCCCCGCCUCAGCCGCCGACGCCGCUUUCCCCUCCGCUGCCGACUUCGUCUCGCAGGACCUCAAUCUUAGACCUGUCAUCGGUAUCUUGUCCCAGGAGCUAGGCCGGAGUAUGCGAAAAGUUCUGACGGAGUACAACUACACAUCCUACAUCGCUGCCUCGUACGUCAAGUUCUUCGAGGGUGCUGGAGCCAGAGUGGUGCCCAUCCUGAUUAACCAGGAGGACGACUACUACAGGAAAAUGAUCAGCUCCAUUAAUGGCCUGGUCUUCCCCGGCGGGUCAGCCUCCAUCACCCAGAGAAGCGGCUACGGCAGGGCAGGCAGACUCCUCUACGAUCUCCUGCUCGAGUCGGCGGCGAACGGCACAAUCCUCCCGCUCUUCGCCACAUGUCUGGGCUUCGAGAUGCUCAUGUACCUGCACGCGAAUAACACCAAUCCUCUCACCAGCUGUAAAGCCCAGAAUCGCUCGGAUCCUUUGUUUAUGCAGACGGGAUGGGAACUGUCUGAGCUCCUUGGCGAGGCCCCCGAAAAUAUCCUGCAGACCCUCACCACCACGAACGCCACCAGUAACUUCCACAAGUAUUGCGUCACACCCCAGACCUUCAGGAACCUGAGUCUCGACGAGGACUUCCUGAUGCUGUCGACGUCGCACGAUUCGGACGGCAUAGAGUACGUGUCGACCGUGGAGCACCGCGAGCUCCCUCUGUUCGGCUUCCAGUGGCACCCGGAGAAGAACCUGUACGAGUGGGGUUUUGAUUCCAUCCCGCACACGAGGGACGCCAUAGAAGCGGCGCAGUUCACGGCCAAUGUCUUCGUCGAUAAGGCUCGCCAGAACAACCAGACCUUCGGCAGCAAGGAAAAAGAGGCUGCGAUGCUCAUCUACAACUACAGCCCCACCUACAUCUCCCAGCUGUACCGCUCCUCCUUCCAGCAAUGCUAUUUCUUCGAGUGAGGAUGGCAGAGAGAAGAAGAGGAGGGAAGGGAAAGGAGGAGAAGGAGAGGAGAAGGAGAGAUAGUGGGACAGGGAAAGGAAGGGAAGGGGGGGGGGAGAGAGAAAGGGGAGAUAGAGGGCUAGUUACUGGGGGAGAGGGGGAGAGGAGAAUAAAGGGAUGGGAAGACUGAGGGACAGCGAGUGGGAGGAGAGGAUGACAGGGUAAAGUGAUUGGGGAAGAGAGGAGAUAGAAGGGAAGAGACCUUAACCUAAAGGGAAAAGAAAGGAGAGAAGAGAAGAGGGGGGCGUGGAGUGAAGUACAUGGAGAGAGAGGAGGAGAGGGGCAAGAGAAGAGGAAAGAUAGAGGGGAAAGGGAGAAUAUGGAUAGAGAGAAGGCAAGAGAAGGAAAGAAGAGUUGUCUUGAAGGGAGAGCGGUAAGCGAGAAGAGUGUAGAGGGAAUGGGCCGGAGAGAAGGGGGAAGAGAACAGGAAGAGCGAAAGGAGAGUGAGAAGUAGAUAAAGAAUAAAAGAGCGAGGAGAGGAGAUGGUAGAAACUCAGGAGGAAGAGAAGAAGAGUGAAAAGUAAUGGAAA